CACUUCACGAAACCUUAUCGUUGCAGUGUGGGAACAACCAUGACUACCACCACGCUCUGACGAUGUCGGACUAAACCUCGUGACUCGUCGAUACGUUUUAACAUGUCAAGUUUGAUGAGAGAAAGUUUGAGAUUAUCGCAUUUGGAUAUCAUCGUAAUCCAUUGGAAUGUUAUGAUGUCGUAUUUGGAUAUCGUUUCACGUUUUGGAUACCGAAGCUAAAAUUUCAUUGUCGUACCAGCAGGUAUCAUUGAGAGCGCCAGCAAUGUUAUAACCACCUGAUUUUUGUCAGCCAUCUGAUUUUCCGAUACUGAGUUUUUCGGCCACUUCGUUCCACCCCGCAGAAAGAUGCCGUUUGAUUGGAUUAAGGUGGUCGGACAGCCCGUGCCGUUGUUAGACCAGAAAGAGAAGCAAGUCCGACCGGCUUCGACCAAGCCGGCCAGCAUCACGGCGGCGGUUGCUUCCACGGAAGACGACCGCAGACGACCGUACUCCGCCAAGCCGUGCACAGCUUUUGACCACGCCUCGUCCCGGGAGAGAAGAAAGAACAGGCCCAGACCUUGGUCGGCCAAACCGACUGUAACAUUCUCUACUCCCGUUAAGCAUGAUUUUCAAGAUUCUGGAGGAUUGCUCUUGAUACAGCAACAAGGUGUUGAUCGGACUUGGUCUGUAGGGGUAGACGAUGGGAGCUGCUCCGUGAAUUCUAAAGCAGAUUCUGACUUGAGGACAGGUUUGGUUGAGGAUGACGAUGGAGUGACGUAUCUGUCUGUCACAGCCGAGGAAGGCGACUUGAAGCAAUCCGCAGAAGGUGCUUUACCACUGAUAGAUCACAGCCGCUCUGGAGCUGCUGCAGAAUGUAAUGACUUUGAUGAGGCCUCCGAAAAUGUGACAACAGUUGGCUCGGGCAGACGUCCAGGCAGAGUGAUAGAGCAGCAGAAACAGAAAGCGACCCUGGUGGUUUCAGUUGAACCAAAUGAAGACACAGGAGUUACCGCGCUGCGCCAACGGUCGCUUGAAAGACAAACACGAGAACGGCCCUGGGCUGACAAUUUCACCCCGAGCAAAAUUAAGGCGAGCUAUUACAAAGGGCGUGAUAUGAGUCCAACCAGACUGUAUUGGACACUCAAGGGCUACCGAGAACGAUCCCUCACAAGGGAACAACUCAAUCAGCAGCAGCCCUGGUCGGCGAAGACGUUCUCUGGAUACAUGUACAAGGGACGCGUCCGUGGGCCACCCUUAGCGAGACCAGAAGCGAACCCACAUCGGUCGAAAGACACUGGUCAACCCCAUUCAGUCAAGAUGGAUGUCGGAACUGAACAGAAGACAUUGUGUGUUGAAGACAUUACAAAGUUCUGCGAAACUAGGUCGAAGAUUGACAAUGGUAUCCGUGUGGCUAACGGACGUAGGCCCCAGAGCGGUAGCCGGCCCCCGAAUGGCGUGAGAGCGAAUGGAUGGGUGAAGACUUACGAUGGUUCAUCCCGGGAGCCUUCAUACGAUGGGUCAUCAAGGGAGGUUAUUCCAGGAGCAGGCUUGGAUAAGAAUACCAUGAAAUGGAAAGGAUGGACGUCACCAACUCGGCCCCUUGAAGAAGAUGUGGUACCAGCCCACGAUCACUCAAUGUACAAACUAACAAAGGCUGAAUAUCGGCGACUGACGGACCAAGUCCGGGAUGUCGGCAACAAUCUGAAACACGGUCGGUCCAGGGGCAGCACAAACUUUAGGCGCUUUGUUGGCAAUCGCGAAAGGCCAGACGAUUCGACACCAGUCCUGUACAGAAGUCAGCUGGCGGAGAGCAUGAAAGCCUUCGAACAGAAGAACAACCGACGUCCCCUUGCGCCGGAACCGACGCCCGAAUACACGCGAUGCAGACCCGUUAUGGGCACCAGGCCUGUCUCUGUCCAGUCUGAGAGAAGGCCAAUCUCUGCAAUGGAGGGCCAACGCCAGAGACCAAAAUCGUCCAUUCCUGCCUCACGAGAUACGGUGACAAGCCCUAAUGUGGCGGCACAAUACGAUACUCUCGCAUCGCCCUGCCUCUACGAUCUCACAGACAGCGACAAGAUAGACUCGGGUUAUGGCGACGUUUACAGCAUAAACGAUGACGAAGACAGUAGUGUGAGUGAUGGCGGUGACAGCGACGCUUCGGAGGAAGGACCGGAACCAGGAAUAAACGAUAAAAGAAACAUUCCGGUCUUGGCAUUGCGACCUGAUGUGGUCGACUUCAGUUACGCAACCGACGGCAAACGUGAUUACAGGAAGUAUGAUUUUGAUGCAACUGACGUUACCAUUGAUCCGUAUGAAUUUCCUUAUGGAGGACCUGACGGAUUUCAGUCCGUUGAUUUCAAAGAUUUGAGUAAAUUUGACAAAGAUUGGCGUCUGAUGAUAAAGAAGCGUCCACAUGUUAAGGAGGAGGAGUGUUUAAUUGACAGGUUCUUGGAACUUGAGCGACUGGCGACGAAGACUGCAGAAUGGGAGGACAAGAGGCGGGAGCGAUGCCGCACUGCGAACAGAAGACGACAAGCGGAGAGCGUCGCGGCGAAGAAGGAGGGCAGACUCCGUGUGCAGAGUGCAAAGUACCGCGGGGCCAAGUGCUGCUCGGAGUGCCUGAAUCAAGCGUGCACUGGCGACUGUCCAAUGAAAAAGACAUCUGCUCAAUAUUGCGUCCACUGCCGGCAAGAAUUCUGCAAUGGCCGCUGCGUCCAUUCGACUUACAACAACCACAGUCGACACUCCCCGAGCUCGGAGUCCGAUGAUGAAGAAAAAGCUAAGCCGAAACCUCGCCCAAGGUCUUGCGUACCGUGCCAGAGAAAAAACACUGCGAAAUACAUCAAUGCGCAUCAAAUUCUUUUGGGCAGACCGAGAUCUAGUCACGCCACUUAUAGUCAAGGACGGAAAACUGCAGUCCUGAAGGAUGAUGUGAAAAUUGAUGACCCUUUACAUGUGCAUACCGAUUUAGUAAGAGAGCUGGACAGAAUUGGUUUGGACGUUGAUCACGUCAGUCGCCCGAACACAGCAAAGGGCCGGAAGAAAUUCAGGGGCAGGCCCUCGGUUGUCCCUGGUAAAAGUUACUUUUCCCAACGUAGGGACUCAAUACAAAAGGAGAGGGUCAAGUCUGCACCUGCUAGGAUAAGGAGGGUUAAGUCCGCUCAGAAACGUCUGACGACUGCCAGUUAGGACAAUGAGUAAAAUCAAGGACCUAAACGAAUACUCGCAAUCGUAGACGUAAAUCGCAAUAUUUUUGAACCUCUCUAACGUGCGAAGACUUUUUCGGGGUGGGACAUUUCAGUCUGCUACACCCGCGUAUCGGAAACCUAAUUACGCUGACCAACAAUUAUCAUCAUGUUCGGCUCCAAGGUUACGCAACUUGGCUGAUAAAUCGUGUUCCGCGUCACUGGCGAACCUCAUGUGUUACUCAUACAUGCACUCCAAAGGCGUGACUUCGAGUUUGUUUCAAUGUAGCUCGCCAAUAGAUGCGAAACCUCUCUAAACUCUCUUGCUUUUCAUGUGCUUUCUUGCUUAUUCAAAGUUUUAUUUGAUUAACAAAAUUUGAAAAA